AUGGGGUCCGAAAAAGCCAGGCAGACCUCCGGUGAGGGGCACGUCAGCGGGCAAUCCAAUCGCCCAAUGACCCAGCCCGCUCACUGUCUGACCUUGGCCGAGGUGGUCAACGAGCUGCAGGCCGAUCCAGCCAGUGGCCUUUCCACUGACGAAGCAAACAGACGACUCGCGGAGUAUGGUAAGAACGACCUUGGGGAGGCCCAAAAGGUUUCCCCCCUACGUAUUCUCAUCGCACAGGUUGCCAACGCCAUGACACUGGUCCUCAUCCUUGCCAUGGCUGUCAGUUUCGGUAUCAAAUCAUGGAUUGAGGGCGGCGUUGUUGCCGGCGUCAUCCUUCUUAACAUUGUUGUUGGCUUUUUCCAGGAAUAUUCCGCCGAGAAGACUAUGGAUUCCCUCCGGUCUUUGAGUUCCCCGACUGCACGUGUGAUUCGCGACGGACAAUCCCAGACUGUAGCCUCUUCCGAUUUGGUUCCUGGCGAUCUUGUUGAGUUGAAAACGGGCGACACCAUUCCAGCCGAUAUUCGCGUCUUUGAAGCAGUCAACUUCGAAACUGACGAAGCUUUACUCACUGGAGAAUCUCUUCCCGUUCGUAAGAAGGAAGAUGCGACCUUUGAAGUGACCACCGGCCCUGGUGAUCGCCUAAACGUGGCAUACAGCUCCUCAAACGUCACCAAGGGUCGUGCCAAAGGCAUCGUUUUUUCCACGGGCUCCUUCACCGAGAUUGGAGCCAUAGCUGCCCAGCUCCGACAAAAGGAGACCAAGAUCCGUGAGCCCAAAAAGACACGUGAGGACCCCAACGCGCGCGCCAAACCCCAUCGGUAUCUCGAGGCCUACUUUUUGACUGUCACCGAUGCUGUUGGUCGUUUCCUUGGUCUAAACGUCGGAACGCCUCUCCAGCGGAAAUUGUCCAAGCUUGCUGUCUUGUUGUUCUUCAUUGCCGUCGUGUGUGCCAUUAUCGUACUUGGAGCGAACGAAUUCCGUGCCACCCAGGAUGUCAUCAUCUACGCAGUCGCUACAGGCCUCUCAAUGAUCCCAGCUAGCUUGGUCGUCGUUCUGACAAUCACCAUGGCGGCCGGUACUAAGCGGAUGGUUAAGAGAAAUGUGGUUGUCCGUAACCUCAAGUCUCUCGAAGCCUUGGGCGCCGUCACGGAUAUUUGCUCCGACAAAACCGGCACUCUGACUCAGGGCAAAAUGGUCGCAAGGGGCGCCUGGAUUCCUUCACAGGGCACUUUCACCGUCGAGAACUCUACCUCGUCGUUUGAUCCUACUUCAGGAGAUGUCCGGUUCCACACCUCGGCACCUCAGUCUAUUGACCUAAAGAAGGCUGGAGAGGCUUGCGGUAAUGUUAUCAACCCUGUCGAGCAUAUCUCUUCAACCAACGCUGGCUUUGGACUCGCCGAUUUCUUGAACGUCGCCUGUCUCGCCAACCUUGCUACUGUCAACAAGAACAAGGAAGGCGCUUGGGAAGCCCGUGGCGACCCUACCGAGAUUGCUAUCCAGGUCCUAGCUAGUCGCUUCGGUUUGAACCGUGUUGCACUGACCGGUGAUGAAGAUUCUGAAUGGAGAGAUGUUGCCGAGCUGCCAUUCGAUUCAGACGUCAAGCGCAUGUCCGUCGUCAUGAGAAAGAAGGACGGUUCUCACCACGCUUUCACCAAAGGUGCCGUCGAGCGCGUCAUUGAGAGCUGCACCACCUACACUCCCGAUGCUUCUGGCAAGCUUGUCGAGAUUGGAAAUUUCCGCCAGGAGAUCCUCCAAAACAUGCAGGCCCUGGCCAGUCUUGGUCUUCGUGUUCUGGCUCUCGCAAGCAAGCCCAUGCCCGGCGAGGUGAAGAAUGAUCCCGAGACUGGUGUCGACAGAGCCUCCAUUGAGUCGGACCUUGUUUUCCGUGGUCUUGUCGGUCUCUAUGACCCUCCUCGUCCCGAAUCCGCCCCGGCCGUCAAGCAGUGCCACGAGGCUGGCAUUGAAGUGCACAUGUUGACUGGUGACCACCCCGAAACUGCAAAGGCCAUUGCCAUUGAAGUUGGAAUCCUUCCCUCGAGGAUGCACCUUGUCGCCCGAGAUGUCGCAGAUUCAAUGGUGAUGACCGCGACGCAGUUUGAUGGCCUCACUGACGACCAAAUCGACGCUCUCCCUGUUUUGCCCCUCGUCAUCGCAAGAUGUGCUCCCAGCACCAAGGUUCGCAUGAUUGACGCUCUUCACCGCCGUGGACGGUUCUGUGCGAUGACAGGAGACGGUGUCAAUGACUCCCCCUCGCUUCGCCGCGCCGAUGUCGGUAUCGCAAUGGGUAUAUCUGGUUCUGAUGUUGCCAAGGACGCUUCUGACAUUGUACUUUCUGACGAUAACUUUGCUUCCAUCCUGGCAGCUAUCGAAGAAGGUCGUCGCAUCUUUGACAACAUCCAAAAGUUUGUUCUCCACGUUUUGGCCGAGAACGUCGCUCAAGCCGGCACUCUCCUGAUCGGUCUCGCUUUCAAGGACCGCACUGGACUUUCCGUGUUCCCUCUUGCCCCCGUGCAGGUUGUCUGGAUCAUCAUGGCCACCUCUGGACUUCCCGACAUGGGUCUGGGCUUCGAGCGUGCGGUCCCUGAUAUUCUUCAGAGACCUCCUCGUUCGCUCAAAGCCGGCAUCUUCACAACCGAGUUCCUGGUCGACAUGGUUUUCUACGGUCUCUGGAUCACCGCCCUUUGCUUGACUAGUUUCGUCCUUGUACUCCACGCCUUUGGCAACGGAGAACUUGGCUCCCUUUGCAACGAGGAGUACUCGGAAUCGUGCGACUUGGUCUUCCGCGCGAGAGCCACUACGUUUGCCUGCCUUACGUGGUUUGCCCUGUUCCUCGCGUGGGAAAUGAUCGAUACCAGGCGCUCCUUCUUCCGUAUGCAGCCUGGAUCCAAGCGUUAUUUCACCCAGUGGAUUGUCGACAUCUGGAGGAACCAGUUCCUCUUCUGGGCCGUCAUCUUCGGCUUCGUCACCUUGUUCCCCCUCAUCUACAUCCCGGUUCUGAACACUGAGGUCUUCAAGCACAAGCCGAUUACUUGGGAAUGGGCCAUCGUCUUCGUUGCCGCCGGCCUCUUCUUUGCCGGAGUCGAGGCUUGGAAGUUUGCUAAGCGAGUGUAUUUCCGCAAGCAGGACAGCAAGCGACUUGGCAAGUCCUGGAAGGAGAGGGACAUUGAAGAGCGCGUCUUUGGCAGAUACUUCACUGGCAGCAGCCUUGGAGGAACAUCUACCGAGCCUACUAUUGAAAAGUCUCAGUAA